UUUACGACUUCCUGUAUCGUUGACGCAGCAACAAGGACAAUAAAAAUUAGCAACUCAAGCGAAUUCCGUUAGCAGAAUACGCUUUGUUCUACGGUUUCUUUUUUCUUUUUUCUUUUUUCGGACCGAACAGCAUUACGGAUGUGGCUGGACUCUUGAGCGGAGUUGAGCUCUAAGCCUCUAAGCCCUCCCGCUGGGCCGCCGUGAGCGUCGACGGGACGAUGCUUUGCGCUGCAGCGGCGGAGAGAAACAAGGAGCCCAUCCUCAGUGUGCUCCGCGGCUGCGUGGACGCGUACAGAGCGCUCAGCGCGCUCGAGGUGUCCUCGGGCUCCGGGCAGCAUGUGAUGCACUUCGCCCAGGCGCUGCGGAACGUUACAUGGCAGCCGUCCGACAUAGACCAGCGCGCUCUCGACAGUAUAGAGGCGUACCGAGGGCUGCUGAAGCUGGAGAAUGUGAGACCCCCCAUUCAGCUGGAUGCCGCCGAGCCCUGGGAGCACUGGGGUGGGAUCCAGCCCGAGUCCCAGCACCUCAUAGUGAACAUCAACAUGAUACACAUUUCCCCCCUGAAGUGCACUGCGGGUUUAUUCAAAGCUGCUGGAAUUAUACUGAAACCUCAUGGAUUACUUGUGACGUACGGGCCUUACGCGGUGAACGGACUGAUCGCUCCUGAAAGCAACGUCGACUUUGAUCGAAGUCUGAAGCUGAGGAACCCAGAGUGGGGCCUGAGGGAUAUCUCCUUCCUGAGUUCUCUGGCAGAGAAGAACGGCAUGUUCCUGGAGAGAGUGGUUGACAUGCCAGCGAAUAACAAGUGCCUCCUCUUCCGGAAGGAAAGUGUUGUCUAGCCAAGCGAAGAUGCACUUCUCCAGAUUCAAGGCCCAUUGCUUGUGUGGUCAACAUCUUGUGGCUUCUUUCCUGCAAACUGUCCGUCAGCAAAAUGGGAGCAUUCCAAUGGAGAUGGUCAAGCUAGAUUUUGAUAUAAAUUAGAAAAGAAAUCAAAGAUCAAUGGUUUUAAUAGGGGAGCGACUGUCUGAAGUACGGAGGCCCCAAUUUGCCGCAGUGCCUGUGUUUCAGUGACGGGAUGGUGGCCCUUGUGUUUUAGCUGUAUCCCCCAAUCAGCUGCAACCUCUAAAACAGAACAGAUAAAUCUGCUAACAUUCCAUUGCAAGAUGUAUUUUUGUUUUAAGGUAAACUGGGCUACUUAAUGUUUAAAGUGCUAUGACAAAUAAAGUG